UCCCACGUUUUAAUUUCUGUGGACCACUGAUUCCGUAGAUGACAAUGACUCUGUCUAUCUAGUGCCUACCGCCUAGUGGGUCGAUUCGGUCACUCCCUCUCAGCCCUCUGGCUAGAGAGAGAAAGAUGAAGAAAGCAGAGCUGAUUUUCUUCCCAUCGCGGGGAAUCGGGCACCUGGUAUCGACGGUGGAACUUGCACAGCGCCUUGUCGAGAGGGAUGAUCGGCUGUCCGCCACCGUCCUCACGCUUCCGGCAACCGCAACCUCACCCUACACAGAAUCACUCGACUCCACCCUCACCCAGGUCCGAUUAAUCAGCCUCCCCCGUGUGGACCUUUCUGGAAUGGAGAAUCUGUCGGGAGAGUCUUUUAUUUCUCAGUUCAUGGACAGGCACAUAACAUUUGUCAAAGAUGCUAUCACUCAGCGCAUCUCCACCGACUCCGUUCGACUCGCCGGGUUGGUCGUCGAUCUCUUCUCCACCACCAUUGUCGACCUCGCAGACGAGCUCGGCAUCCCUGCUUACCUCUAUUUCACUUCUGGUGCAGCCAUGCUGGGUGUCAUGCUCCACCUCCCCAACCUCGUUACAGACAUAACCGAAGAUUUGAAAGACUACCCAGGUGAGUUGGUAAUCCCGAGUUUCGUCAAUUCGGUUCCUCCGCUCGUCUUGCCUAAGGUUUUGCUGAACAACAAAGAAAAUGGGUACGUAUGGAUGCUCACUCACGCUCGGAAUUUCAGAAGAACGAAGGGUAUUAUCGUAAAUACGUUCGUCGAGAUCGAGCCUCACGCCAUCCACUCAUUCAAGGUCGACAGUCAGAUCCCGCCGGUGUAUCCGGUUGGACCAUUGCUGGACCUCAACGGAAAGUUCCACUCACCGUCGAACCGGCCCCAAUUCGACAAGAUCAUGAGGUGGCUCGAUCAGCAGCCUCCGUCAUCGGUUAUCUUCUUAUGCUUCGGCAGUAGAGGUAGCUUCAGUGUAUCUCAGACGAAGGAGAUAGCUCUGGGGCUCGAGCGAAGCGGUUACCGAUUCCUCUGGUCCCUGCGUCAGCCUGAGCCAUCAAAAUCCAGAUUUGCUCCUCCGAGCGAUUACAGCUACACGAAUCUGGAGGAGGUUCUGCCGGACGGAUUCUUGAAUCGGACGGAAGGGAGAGGUUUGGUGUGUGGAUGGAGCCCACAAGUGGAAGUCCUGGCUCAUCCGGCCACCGGUGGCUUCCUUUCUCACUGCGGAUGGAACUCGAUCUUGGAGAGCUUGUGGUUCGGCGUACCGAUUCUGGUGUGGCCACUAUACGCGGAGCAGAAGCUCAAUGCGUUUCGGCUGGUCAUGGAGCUGGGAUUGGCGGUAGAGAUGGGUUGUGUCAGUAGAAGGAACGGUGAUGAUUUCGUCAAAGCGGAGGACGUAGAGAGAGGAGUUAGGAUUAUGAUGGACGGUGACAACGAGGUAAGAAGGAAAGUCAAGGAGAUACAAGAAAGAAGCAGAAAAGCAGUGGCACAGGGGGGAUCUUCGUUCGUCUCGUUGGGACGAUUGAUUCAUGAUGUAAUUGAAAGGAUCUUAUGACUUUUAACUGACAUUUUACAAAAUAAAUGAUCAAGUUUGGUUAUUUAAUAAAUAAAAUCAGUUAUGUUUCAAAAUAAUCGAGUGAA